GGCACGUGGGACUCUGCUUAUCACUAGGGGCUUUUGUUAGGGGCGGAGCUCGUGUGGGUUCUACCCUCCAGUCGUAGGUACCGGGCGUAACGGCAUAGCCGCUGAGCCACGGCACUAAGGACCGUAACCAUGGCCAUGAAGGAAGAGAAGGAUCAUAGGCCUAAGGAGAAGCGAGUGACCCUGUUAAUGCCUCAGGGUGCCACAGGCAGCAGUGCUGGGGCUACUGCGGAAGGCGCCAAAGGGGAAGAUAAGCAGGAGCACAACAGGGACAAGAAAGACGCAUUGAGCAAGGUGGUAAUUCGAAGAUUACCUCCAACUUUGACCAAGGAGCAGCUUCAGGACCAUCUUCAACCUAUGCCUGAACAUGAUUAUUUUGAGUUUUUUUCUAAUGAUACUAGUCUGUAUCCUCAUAUGUAUGCCAGAGCAUACAUCAACUUUAAAAACCAAGAAGAUAUUCUUUUAUUCAGGGACCGAUUUGAUGGCUAUAUAUUCCUUGACAAUAAAGGUCAGGAAUAUCGUGCUAUAGUAGAAUUUGCACCAUUUCAAAAAGCUUCAAAAAAGAAGAUUAAGAAAAGAGAUACAAAAGUUGGGACUAUCGAUGAUGACCCAGAAUACAAAAAAUUUUUGGAGAGUUAUGCCACCGACAAUGAGAAAAUGACAUCUACUCCAGAGACAUUGCUAGAGGAAAUAGAAGCCAAAAAUCGAGAAUUAGUAGCUAAAAGGACAACCCCACUUUUGAGCUUCCUGAAGAAUAAGCAGAGGAUGAGAGAAGAAAAGAGAGAAGAAAGGAGGAGGCGAGAAAUAGAAAGGAAAAGACAAAGAGAAGAAGAGAGAAGAAAGUGGAAAGAAGAGGAGAAACGUAAAAGGAAAGAUAUAGAAAAGCUAAAGAAGAUAGAGAGAAUUCCAGAAAGGGACAAAGUAAAGGAUGAACCAAAGAUUAAGGUACACAGGUUUCUGUUACAAGCUGUGAAUCAGAAAAAUCUUCUCAAGAAACCAGAAAAAGGAGAUGAAAAAGAACUUGAUAAAAGAGACAAAGCCAAGAAACCGGACAAAGAGAAUCUGAAUGAAGAACGAGUCACUGGGCAAAGUUGUAUUCUACUCAAACGUUCUGAUGUCGAAGUGAAGGUUGAAAGGCAAAGGAGGCCUGAUGAUGAAUGUGCCAGAGAUUACAGAGAGAGGGACCGGGAUUAUGAAAGAGAUCAGGAGCGCAUGAUCCGAGAAAGAGAGAGGCUGAAGCGGCAAGAAGAAGAACGUCGGAGGCAACAGCAGAAAGAGCGCUAUGAGAAGGAGAAAACUUUUAAACGAAAGGAAGAGGAAACGAAGAGAGAAAAAGAGGGACUUCGAGAUAAAGGGAAGAAGAGUGAGAAUACAGAAUCAAUAUGCACCUCAGAAAAAAAGGAGGAAGUGGUUAAGAGAGACCGCAUAAGGAACAAGGAUCGUCCCGCAAUGCAGCUUUACCAACCAGGAGCUCGAAGCCGAAAUCGUCUCUGUCCUUCUGAUGACAGCAUCAAGUCUGGAGAUUCACCAGUGGACAGAAAGCAGGAAAGUGGUAUUAGCCAUAGAAAAGAAGGAGGAGAAGAGUGAGAAGUCCAAAUGGCCAUAGGUGUCCUGACUGUCCAGGCAGCCAAAGAGCACGUAUUAUGCUAUCCAGAAGUGCCUUCAGGGCAAAGGAACAGAGAACAAGGAAAGGGUCGCUGUGCUGGUGGGAGUACUGCAGAGGAGGCUCAGAAUUGGAAGUACAAUUUCAUUGUCUUUUGCAGUUGCCACAAGUCAAUUUUAAUGUCCCAGAAAAAGAUGGUAGCAAGAGCAUUGCAAGUGAAAAAUGUCAAACAAGGACUUAACUUUGUAUGCCACAAGUAAAAAAGAGCAGGGUCUAAAAUCAACAGGUGUUCUUAAUCCGGUCUUGGCGCGUCUUAGUUUGAGUUGAGCAAAAGCACACUGAAGUCUUGUUGAGAUCUAACUAUUUUGCAUUGUUGGUGUUGACUAUUGUGGACUCUGUAGUAUAGAAGCAACAAGCAUGUAAUUGUAGCACAAGUAGAGUGGAGGAUAGAGCAAAUUAUGGCUGAUGGAAAAGAUUUAAAAUAUUUAAAAGAUUUAAAUAGUCAUGUUACAGCUAUAUCCUGUGUCUGGAUUUUUUGUAAUUAUAGAUUGUUUACUUCUGUGAACAUAGCAUCAGAAAAUAUUUGUAAACAUCUUGUUUUGCCUUCAGCAUUUCUUCCUAUUAAUAGAUAAAAUGUAGUCCUUGGUUAGGUACUGACAAUCUAGUCUUUUUUUUAUCUUAGGUCUGAUGAUUUGAGUGCAUUACCCUCCUCCAGGAAAGAAACUACACCAAUAUCUGUUCCUGUUAAAUGGCAGCUUUCAGUCAGUCAUAGCUUGUUUUGUAUUGCUGGUCAAUAAAUUUUAACUUCACUCAA